CCUAUGGCCCUUUUGGAUUCCACGGCCCAAACCAGCGGACGGCCUGCUUAAAACUAGCCGCCGACUUCCGGCGGACGGCGGCGCCGGAAACCCCCACCACAUCUCCCGGCGAUUCUCUCCAAAGUCCAAACCCCCCAUGGCUCGGAAGAGGAAGCGGGGGCGGACGCGGCGCGCCACGCAGGCGGAGGCGGAAGUGGAGCAAUCCGAGCGAGAAAUGGUAGGGGAUGAAGCCGUGGAGGAGGAGGAGGACGACGACGUCACGAAGAUGAAUCCGCCGCCGGCGACGGCCGGUGAGCGCGAGGAGGAGGAGGAGGAGGAAGGAAUCGAGGGGCUUCUGGAGCCGUUCACCAGGAACGAGCUCCUCGACCUCCUGGUCGAGGCCUGCCUCCGGAACCCCGCCCUGCGCUCCCGCCUCGCCGCCACCGCGGAGUCCGACGCCGCCCACCGCCGCCUCUUCGUGCACGGCCUCAGCCCCGGCGUCACCGCCGCCGCGAUGGCCGCCGCCUUCGCCCCCUUCGGCGCGCUCGACGAGUGCCACGCCGUCGCCGACCGCGCCACCGGCCGCUGCCGCGGCUACGGAUUCGUCACCUUCCGCCGCCGCUCCGCCGCGCGCCGCGCGCUCGCCGCCGACGCCUCCUCUAGGCUCGCCGUGGGCGGCCGCCCCGUCGCGUGCCAGCUCGCGUCGCUCGGCCCCACCUCCCCCGACCGCAAGCUCUUCGUGGACAACGUGCCCGCGCGCGCCGCCCACGACGAGCUGAGGAGGCUCUUCUCCAGGUUCGGGGAGAUCGAGGCGGGGCCUCUCGGCGCCGACCGCGCCACCGGCCAGUUCCGCGGCUACGCCAUCUUCUUCUACAAGUACCCCGAGGGGCUUACGAAGGCUCUCGAGGAGCGCAAGGUGGUGUUCGACGGGUGCGAGCUCCAUUGCCGGCGCGCUCACAGAGUGAACAAGGAGAAGCAUCUCAUGACCAUGCCUGCAGAUGCAGGGGCACAGAGCAAUGGCUUCGAGAACGCUGCCUCACCCAUCAUCCAUGUCCAGCCGAAGGAGCUUGCAUUGGCAUCCACCACGCAGACGCCUCUUGGAUCAAAUCGGCCAGUUGAGAUGAUGGCGAAGGGGCCUAGAUCAGGCACGGUUCCCUUUCGUCAGAACGCUGGAGCUGGUCUCUUGGGUGCAUGCCCUGUGGCUACGGUCACGUCCUCUACGCCAGAUCAGAGCACACCGGUUAGCCAUUCUGGAGCUUCAAUUUCCACACCCCGGACUGCUCAGAGAUUGGCUAAAUCAGGAGCACAAGGAUGAAGAGAAAUAUGCCUUUUCUCUCUAAAACAAGGAUGAAAAAAGAAAUAUCGAAGAUGACUCCUCCAAAUUCUGAAGUUGUUUUCUUUCUAUCAAAUGAGAGGAUUACCUGCAAGAUAAUCUCCUGCUGAUCGAAUUGUGCUUCAACUUUGAUGUAAUCUCUGUUUGUUUAUAGGCAGAGCUCAUAUAUUGCAGGUAACACCUGUCCCGCCUUUAUAGUGGGGACUGCGAGUAGCUAACAUGGAAGAAGAUUUUGGUUUACAUAUUCAGUUCUUGAUAUUAUUUCUAUUUUGUCAUUUCACCAUGCAUGUGGUAAAGUAGUUUCAUAGAAAAUUCGACGAAAAGUGGAAAGUGAUGAAUUCACAUUUCCAUAUUCCUUCA